AUGGAAAACCUUCUCAGCCUCGCCUUUGACGGCCUCUCCUCCUACGACGGCCCCAAGGUCCGCAAGGGUUUGCGCCAGGUCGAGGGUCUCCUCGCCCAGAUCUGCCUCUCGUCACCGGCAAAGACGAGAUCGCCGACAGCGGACGACGAAUCAACCCGCCGCGGCGCUGGCGGCAAGUCUCUCGCUGACCUGUCCGACGACCCGGCUUUUCGCGAGUUCUUCAAGCUGCAGGAAGGAUUUGAGUGGAACGUCGCCAUGCGCCUCAUCAACACGCUCGACCGUCUGAUGGGCAAGGGCACCGACGGUCAAAACGACCUCCUGAUCCUCAAUUCACUGGAUCUGAUACAGGGCGUCCUGCUGCUGCACCCGCCCAGCAAAGCUCUCUUCUCGCGAGAGCAGAAUAUGAACCUUCUCCUAGACCUCCUCGAGCCUGUCAACUGCCCUGCGAUCCAGUCCGCCACCCUCCUCACUCUCGUCACCGCCCUCAUCGACACGCCCACAAACACGCGCACCUUUGAGGCCCUCGACGGCCUUCUCACCGUCACCUCGCUCUUCAAGUCCCGCUCUACCGCCCGCGAGGUUAAGCUGAAGCUCGUCGAGUUCCUCUACUUCUACCUCAUGCCCGAGGUUGCAUCGGUCCCCCGCACCUCCGCGACCGCCCUCCACCAGCGCAGUCCCAGCAAGCUCGCCGCCUCCACGACCGCCGCCGAUGCGAGCCACGCGCGGAACCGCGCCGGCAGCGAGUCCGCUGACACCCUGACGACAGAGGAGAAGCAGGAGCUGCUGGGCCGCCAUCUGAGCAACGUCGAGGACCUGGUUAGAGACUUGCGGACGUGCACGCCCUUCGGGGGUGUCGUUUGCUAG